UGGGGACAAGUUUAUAAACCAUACAAGCGACUUUGGAAGCUCAAAUUGUGGUUUUACAGGAGAAUUUGGAGGGAAAUGGAGUUGCUUAGACUUUCUAAAUGCAAGCUUCAGCUUCGCGUUCUAAUCACUGAACUCCGAGAGCUCAGAGAGAGGGACAAUUGUAGCAGAGACCAACUAAACCGUUUGAUCCAGAAACAAAAGCAAACGGAGGAGGAAUACAGUAGAAAGUUACAGGCAUUGCAGGCAGAGUUAGCAUCUUCUGAGAAGUUGCGGCACAAACUUUAGAGGAAGGUCAAACACCUUCAGGACGACAAUGCGUUACUGGAAAACAAGCAAAUGGAUUUGAAAGGAACCAUUGAUGGCUUGCUUCAAUCAAGGGAGGGUUUCAUUAGCCUGUAUGAGGAUUCUACUUGUGAAAUGAGACGAACAAUUGAAACAAGAGAUAGAAAGAUUGCCCUUCUUUCAGAAAAGCUUCGUGCUCACUUGUUAUUUGAAUCAAUAGAAAAGGAAGCUGCUUCUGUCAAGCAAGCAGUAGAUAACGUGCAACAAGUUGUGAAUGAAAAAGAGGAAGUAGAAAAGAUUAGCUUCAUGGAAAAUAAGCUGAGGAUUAAUCAGGAUGAGCUUCAGAGAAAGGAUAGAGUAAUUUCAGAAUUAGAAGGGCAGCUUGAGGCGGCAAAGCUGAGUAACAACUUCCAGGCACAAAUUGAAGAACUUCAGAAAGCUCUAUCCUUGAAGGAAGAUGUUAUACAGAACUUAAUGGCAGAGAAAAAGGCAUUGCAUUUUGAAGCACGGAGCUCAGAGAUUAUCUUAAAGAAGAUCCAGCAAUGUAUCAUGAAUAUGAAUACUGAGGAUAAAAGGUUCUUUUCCUUGGUUCUCGAAGGCAAAGAAGAAUUUGCAGAAAUGAGCAAAAAGGAAAAUGAUAGAACUGGGUAUAUGCUCCAAGAGAUUGUAGAAGAUUCUCCCUAUAAGGAUCCUGGGCAAAGAGCUGCUGAAAAUACAGCUUUACCUAUGGUUCGUGAGUGCAACUCAGAAACUAACCUCUUGCAGGAGAACUGUAACUUUGAGUCCUGUGUGUCAGAGUUCGCUUGUUCUCCACCUCAGUCAGUUUGCUUGGAUCCUCAAUCAGCUGCUAAUGUAAUCAUUGUGCAACUAAAUGAAAAGAAGGUUAAUUGGGAUUCAUCGGUGCACCAGUUAGAUUCUGAGAACUCAACAACUGAAGCAGACACAUCAGAAAACCAGCGCUAAGUUGUUGCUGUUAUUAUCAUUAUUACUUCUCCAGCGCGAAGUUAUUAUUUAAUAUCAGAAAUGCCAUCUAUGGAUGCUGGAGUUUGCUGAAAAAUAACUAGAAAAUUCUCCUUGGAUUUCCAGUGGCAUGAAUACAAUGGGAUACCAAGAGACCAUUCGGAAGCGUAUUUCAGAAUCUAUAAUUGGACUUCCAGCAUGCAAGUUUGCUGUUGAAAGCUCC